AUGGAUGAAGAUGAAGGUGAAGAACCGGGAGAAGUAGACGAAAGGUACUUCCGCCAAAUCAUUGAUUCUCAGUUUUUCGAUAUCGAUCGUGACGUUCGUGUCCCACGUGUGAUCGGAGUCUCACAAUUUUAUUUUGGGGAAAAGGAGGAGGAAGAACAACCACCUCCCGAAAUGGUUCUCUACGAGGUUGAAGAUGUUGAUGCUACUGUAGAGGAUGAAGAUGUUGAUGCUGCUGCUGAUUCGUCUCCGUCGUCUCUCACUCUGCAAACUCUGGUCAGAAGACCUUUUGGUUCCUUUUUGGAAGCUAUGAUGGAAAUUAUGAUUGAACUCUGCAGAAUCAAACCCACCACAACAGCGAAUGAGGAACCAUUCGAGCACUUCAUGUUGGAUGGGGUAGAUGUGUUUUACAGAGAAUGUAUGCCUACCUUUUUGUCGGGACCGCCAGAAGAAGCAGCUGAUGAUCAGAGAUUCUACGAGGUUCAGGACGAGGACAUUCGUAAAAAUGAUUGGCUUCGUCUGUAUACCCACUUUGCACUUUUGAAAGUUUGCGAGGCUGGAUCUCAUCCUUUCCUGCCAAAGGAGAUGGAGUUGAAGAAGAUACUUGUGGAAACCCGAGUAACAACUCAAGAAGAUGAUGAUGAUGAUGAUGAUGAUGAUGAGCCGCCGUCUCCGAUUCUCAAGUCUAUGAAUGCCAUCUUCCACAUUAGCUUCAGGGCCAACUGUCGCGACUACAGAUGCAUAAUAAGGAGAACUACAGAUGGGUUACCAGGACAUAUGCGCCUCGAAGUCCAUACCUGCUAA